GCGGGUCGAGAUGGCGGCGGGCGGCGAUGGCGGGCGCCGUGCGCUAUUUCUGCACGGCGGGCCGAGGCCUGGAGCCCUUCGUGGCGCAGGAAGUGCGGGCGCGGCUCGGCGCUACGGAGGUGGACUACGUUUCAGGAAAGGUGUUCUUCACCGCAGAGGUGGAGCUGAGCGACCUGAAGAAACUGAAGUCUGGAGAGAGGUUAUUUUUGCUGCUGAAGAAACGUGCCCCACUCCCUGUCUCUAGAAAUAAAGGGAAAGUGUUGCAUGAAAUUAAAAAACUUAUUGUUGAGGAACCAAGAUACUGGCUUGAUAUUAUCUCUGUUUGGAAAAAACUUCAUGGACAGAAGGGGAAAAAAGAUCACGUCUCUCAAGAAAAUCCCUUGCCUCUCAAGAGAAGAUCUGAAGAAGAGCUGAAUAUUGCAACUAAAAGACAGAAGACGGAGAUUGUUUCCGAGGAAUGUCAAACAGAAGCUGAAGAGAGCUGUGUGGUAACAGAGAGAAUUGGCGAUCAGGACUUUUGGGCUGAAAGCAAGACUUCUGUAGAAGACCCUUCCAAAAGUAGUGAAGAGAAAGCCAUUGAAAAUGAGAAGCCUAGCUUCAGCUUCAGAGUUUCUUGUCGCUGUAGUGGAGCAAUUGCCAAAAUAUUUACUUCACAGGUGAUUGGAAGAGCAAUUGGCGUAGCACUCAUGAAGCAGUUUGGAUGGAGGGCUGAUUUACGGAAUCCGGAUCUAGAGAUUGGUGUACAUCUAAAUGACAUUCACUCUGUUGUGGGGAUUCCUCUUUUCAGGCUUCCACUGGCAAACAGGGAGUAUAUCCAAACAGCGGGACUGCGAUCAACGAUUGCGUGGGCCAUGGCAUCUCUGGCUGAAAUCAGUGCUGGUGCCUUUGUACUGGAUCCCAUGUGUGGGUUAGGAACAAUACUGUUGGAAGCUGCGAAAGAGUGGCCUGAAGCCUGUUACUGGGGUACUGAUAUAAGUGAUUCACAGUUAGAGGGUGCAUAUGUGAAUAUUAGGACUGCAGGCUUGACAGAUAAGAUUGCAUUACUUAAAGCUUCCGUGAAAGCAUUGCCAUUGUCUUCAGAAAGCUUUGAUGCUGUGAUUUCGGAUAUUCCAUUUGGGAAGAAGUUCAAGAUCACAAAAGACAUACCACUCCUGCCGGAUAUUCUCCAGGAGAUGGAGAGAGUACUUCGUGUUGGAGGGACUAUUGUAUUGCUGCUGAGUCAAGAUCUCCGUAAGCAUGUGGAUGGCAUUAUGAAGCGUAUUGAAAAUGAUGAGUCUCCUAAAGCUGUUCCUGAUGGUGCAAGUGAAACCACUGCUGAGAAAGUUGUGAAUAUUGAUGAGAAUUCUUCCUCCGUGGUGAAUGGCGUUGAAGAACCCUUUCUUAACAGCGGACAGAUGUGUUUUGGGUCUCUGGUGCCAGAUGGCAUCUAUGGGGUUAGCCUGGGAAAGACGGACGCUUUCAUAUACAAAUACAAGAAGAUCUCUACUGUUGGGAAUCAUUAGCUUUCUUGUGCUGUGCCUCAGUGAACUUGAAUCUUGAUACACUUUAAAGCAGCAUGGUGGUGAACCAGUGGAACUCUGCUAAUCUGAGGCCUGUGCUAUUUGUUAGUUCACCUUAUUAUACUUGGAUGUGAUAAGGUAUUGGUUUCUCCUCCCCUCAGUAUUUGGGAGAGGUAGAAGGUACCUGCUAGUGUUUUGAAUGCUUUUGUUGUAAAAUACUGUAACGAGGCAGAGUCCUCAAAUCCUUGUUCAAGUAAAACUCCUCACUAUCAGGAGGAGUGUCUUUGAGAGAAGGAUUGUUUGCAGCAGUGUUUGUUUUUCUGUUGUUGUUUUUAAUUAGUAAUAUUAAAGUAAUAACUUUAGCAAUAUUUUUAGGAAGCCCUUCUUGUCUGAAGAUGUCUCUAGCUCUUCAUGAGGGCUGGAUGUCUGCUCUACUUCUGUGUGCAUUGCAGUCUUAUAUUUUAAAGCUAGUUUGUGUUUGAAAUGUCACUAUCAGAUCUAUUGGAGUGGCAAAUAAAUUAUUUUCUAUAUCA